CCUCGGCAUGAACACGUUCUCGCGUGAUUUCAGCCUCAAAGUCACGCGCUGGCGGGACCCUCUGGUCUGGCACCGGCAACUUGCAGUGCUGUAGAGGGUUCUGCUGCUCUGGAAGCUUGGGAGGCCUGUGGUGAGGACCCGAGGAGAGGGCGGGGCCGGAGUCGGAGCCUCGGCUUUGUAUGGCGGAGGAGCUCUGCUGUUUUCCAAAAGAGGAGCCCAGAGGAGGAGUGGUACUUUUCUGCAAAUAUCAAAGCCAUGGCUCAGGAGUCAGUGAUGUUCAGUGAUGUGUCCAUAGACUUCUCUCAGGAGGAGUGGGAAUGCCUGAAUGAUGAUCAGAGAGAUUUAUACAGAGAUGUGAUGUUGGAGAAUUACAGCAACCUGGUUUCAAUGGGACACUCUAUUUCUAAACCAGAUGUGAUCUCCUUCUUGGAGCAGGGGAAGGAGCCUUGGUUGGUUGACAGAGAACUAACAAGAGGCCAGUGGCGAGUCCUGGAAUCAAGAUGUGAGACCAAGAAAUUAUUUCUGAAGAAGGAAAUUAAUGAAAUAGACUCAGCCCAGUGGGAGAUAAUGGAAAGACUUACAAGACAUGACCUUCAGUGCUCUAGUUUCAGAGAUGAUUGGGAAUGUAAUGGCCAGUUUGAGAAACAACAUGGCUCUCAGAAGGGACAGUUCAGUCAACUGAUAUUCACCCAUGAAGGCAUGCCCACUUUCAGUCAGCAUCCAUCCUUUACCUUACAGCAAAUCAUUAAUAAUAAAGAGAAAUACUGUGCAACUAAGGAAUUUGGGAAAACCUUUAGACAUGACUCACAGCUUACUACACAUCAGAUAAUUCAUACCAUUGAGAAACCCUAUGAAUGUAAGGAGUGUGGGAAGGCCUUUAGACAUCCCUCAAGACUCAGUCAUCAUCAAAAAAUUCAUACUGGCAAGAAACCCUUUGAAUGUAAGGAAUGUGGAAAAACCUUUAUUUGUGGCUCAGACCUUACUCGACAUCACAGAAUUCACACUGGUGAGAAACCCUAUGAAUGUAAGGAAUGUGGGAAAGCCUUUAGUAGUGGCUCAAACUUCACUCGACAUCAGAGAAUUCACACUGGUGAGAAGCCGUAUGAAUGUAAAGAAUGUGGGAAGGCCUUUAGUAGUGGCUCAAACUUUACUCAACAUCAGAGAAUUCAUACGGGGGAGAAACCCUAUGAAUGUAAGGAAUGUGGCAAUGCUUUUAGUCAGAGCUCACAACUUAUUAAACAUCAAAGAAUCCAUACAGGGGAGAAACCCUAUGAAUGUAAGGAAUGUGAAAAGGCUUUUCGUUCCGGUUCGGACCUUACCCGACAUCAGAGAAUUCAUACUGGUGAGAAGCCCUAUGAAUGUAAGAUAUGUGGGAAAGCUUAUUCUCAGAGUUCUCAACUCAUUAGUCAUCAUAGAAUUCAUACUGGUGAGAAACCCUAUGAAUACAGGGAAUGUGGGAAGACCUUUGAUUAUGGCUCACAACUUAUUCAACAUCAAAAUUUGUACUGGUGAUAAACCAUAGAAUUUAUGAAAUGUGUGGGAAGGCUUUAAAUUAUAGAUCAAAACUAUUCAGCGUCGAAGAAUUUAUCUUGAUAAUCUCUUUAAAUAGAAUAAUGUAGAAACAUCUUAUUUGCUGACUGUAGCUUAUUCAGCCCAAGAAAAAUCAUGUAGAAGCAGCAGUCUGUGAGUAAAAUACAUCUUGGAAGCCCUUUAAUAAAAGCUCAUAUUUCUCUUGACAUUAGAUAAUUCAAAUCUAGCAAAUACUGAAAAUGACAGCACUUUUGACACCUUUCUAAUGUUAUCUUAACAUAGAGAAUUCAUGCUGAAAUAUAAUCCUGUGAUUUUCAUUUUCUUUUUUAUCCUAAUUUGUGUGUAGUUGUUAUAUUCUUAAUCUUUUAAUCCAUCUUAAAUUUUAUAUGACUGUAAAGUCCAUCUGUUUACAUCAUGGUUUGUAAAAUACUUUUAUUUUUAAAAUACCUUUAAUACCUGAGACAAAUGAUGUCUUUAUUUUUGAAGAUGGCUUGUUCUUUUGACUCUACAAAAUUUAGGCUUUCUUAUUGUAAAAACGUUCAUGAAUAACUGUCCAUUCAGUAAAUAGAGAUCCUUUAAUAGUUUUAUGGCAUUUCCUUAUGUUGCUGUAAUAUUAUUUUAUUGAAUCUCUAUUGGUAGACAUUGUAGUUUUCUCCAGAAUUUUUGCCGUUAUACACAGUGUCCUGAUGGACAUUCUCCCUGGGCUUUAUCAUUGUAUCAUGUCUUCUAUUUUAGUUACAGAAAUAAUGCAUGAAUAUAUUUUCCUCAUAAAAGAUUUAAACAUUACAAAUAAG